AUGCCAACGGCAGCGCCUCGGGGCCUCCACCUUCCCUUUGCUUUCGAGAAUAAUCCAAAGGAGCUGAGUGCAGAGAAUAAUCCACAGGAGCUGAGUGCAGAGAAUAAUCGAAAGGAGCUGAGUGCAGCACAGCAUCAAUCGAUUGAGAAGCAAGCGACGCUUCUUCAGCAGCAAGAUUGGGUCCUACAUCCUGGGAUCCUGAAGCGGCCGUAUGGAUCUCCGACUGCAGCCCACCAUCUGGAGACUGCACCACAUCUGGAGAAUACGCAACCGAAUGAGACGAGAAAGCUUCUCCACGAUCAGUUGGCCCAGCAGAUGGCACCGAUAAGGAACUCAACAAUAUAUUGA